AUGGAGCCGCGCGCGCUGCUGCUGCUGCUGCUGCUGCUUCCCGCGCAGGCGCAGGCGCUGGCGCAGGGGUCUCUGCGCGCUGACCGACUUUGCGGCCGCCGCCUCUUGCGCGCGCUGGUGCGCGUGUGCGGGGGCCCGAGAUGGUCCCGCGAGGGGGAAGAACCUGAACUCCACAGCGACCGGGAACUUCCGGGACCUCUCCCUGAUCUGCAGCCCGUGCCCCAGGCUUUGCGGCGGAAUCGGCGUGAGGCGCAGGCCAUCAACUCCGCGAAGCGCUGCUGCCUCACCGGCUGCACCCGCCAGGACCUGCUGAACCUCUGUCCACACUGAACCCCUCGGUCCUCAGCCAUCCCGCGUCUCACCGCGCGGGCCUGCUCACAGGAGGGGGCGCUAUCGGUCUCCCCUAGCCGCGCUCGUGCCCCCUCCAACGCCGCGGUUCUGCAGAGAGGCCC